CACAGAAAGAAAGAGUAAGAUUAGUCUGAAGCACAGAAACUCAAAAGAAAUUUAACAAUAAAGAGAGAAAAGGCAGCUUGAGAGGAAUGGUGGAUGCAGUAGUCUCGUAUGUGGUGAGGAGGCUUGGGGACUAUCUAAUCCAAGAAGCAGCCUUCUUACGAGGAGUGAGACGUGAAGUGGAGUCGCUUAAAAAGGAUUUGGAAUGGAUGCUUUGUUUCAUAAAGGAUGCCGAAGAUAAACAAUUUGACAAUGGUUUGAUACGCCAGUGGGUAACCGACAUCCAAGAAAUUGCUUAUGAUUGUGAGGAUGUCUUGGAUAAAUUCAUGCUCCAAUUCCAUGAGGAAGGGACUGCCAGGAGAAGGCAAGGACUCUUUGCUUCCAUCAAGAAGUACUAUUCCUGGAUAGUCGCUAGAACAGCCAGUCACAAGGAGCCCAAUCUAUACAGCAUAGGCAAGGAGAUUGAAGCUCUCAAUAAGAGACUUAAAGAAGUCUUUGAUAGAUCUAGAAUGUAUGGUCUUAAAGCUAUGGAUAACAAGCUGGAAGGAGACAGCAAGGCUCUUGGCAAAUUGAAACAACUAAGAAAAACCACCUCCUUUGCACUUGAAAAGCAUGUCGUUGGCUUUGAGGAUGAUACUAGCACAUUGUUGGCUAAACUACUUGAAGAUGAUUCAAGGCGUUUCGUAAUUUCUAUAUGGGGUACGGGUGGUUUGGGUAAAACAACUCUCGUCAGAAAACUUUACCACAGUAGUCAAGUCAAAAGUAAAUUUCAGCGAUGUGCGUGGGUUUCUGUCUCUCGAGAUUACAAUAUCGAGGAUCUUCUUCGAAGAAUUAUAAAGUCUUUCAAUUUCACAGAUAUGAUAGAUAAAUUAAGUGAAGAAGAAUUGAAGAGAUUUCUUCAUAAUUCUUUGCAAGGAUACUCAUAUUUGGUGGUGAUUGAUGAUGUAUGGGAAACAAUAGCUUGGGAGAGCCUCAGAAUAGCCUUUCCAGAAAACAACAACGGCAGUAGAGUAAUUAUCACCACACGUAAUAAAUUUGUUGCUGAGUUUUCAGAUGAGAGAACUUAUGUUCAUAAACUUCGGUUUCUAAGGGAAGAUGAAAGUUGGGAGUUAUUUUGCGAGAAAACUUCAGGGAAGGCAAACGAAGAUGAAGGACUGUGGAAGUUGGGAAAGGAAAUGGUGCAAAAAUGUGGUGGUCUACCACUUGCUAUUGUUGUAUUGGGUGGGUUAUUAUCUACAAAGAGAUCACAAGAGUGGCGCUUUGUGCGCGGUCAUAUCUGGCGAGACUUAAGCAGCGGUUCGACUGAAAUUGAAAAUCUAUUAGCUUUAAGCUUCAAUGAUUUACCUUACCAAUUAAAAUUAUGCUUUCUUUACUUAGGCCAUUACCCAGAAGACCACGAAAUCCAGACAUGGCAGCUAAUUCGACAGUGGGUGGCUGAGGGUUUCAUACCGCAAAAUGAAGAAAUAAUGGAAGACGUAGCUUAUCGUUACUUGAAUGAGUUGAUUAAUAGAAGUCUGAUUCAAACAGAUAAAACACGAGCAGGGAGGGUAGUAACUUGUCGAGUCCAUGAUCUUUUACGAGAUCUAGCCAUGCAAAUGGCAAAACAGCUCAAUUUGUUUCACAUUUACGAUGAAAUAAAAGGUUCAACCUUGUCGUCGAGUAAAUCAUCAUGUCGACGACAGGUUAUUUAUUCUGGAGCAGGAGCGUACUCCCAAAUAUUACAGCGUCAUAAUCCACUCUUGCGUUCCCUAAUCAUCUUCAACUUGCGGCAGCGAGACAUUCUAACAAUGUGCACAAGAUUUAAGUUGCUAAGAGCAAUCAAUCUUUCCUCUGUACUUUUUGAACUGAUAAUUCCUGAAGAAGUAGGAAAGUUGAUUCACUUGAAGUAUUUGGUACUGAGAUAUUCAGAAGUCAAGUAUGUUCCAGAGUCCAUUCUCAACUUGGUGAGCUUACAAACAUUGGACAUUAUCAGCGGUUCGUGUCCGCAGAUGCCAACUGAAAUUUGUAAACUGCAAGAGUUGAGACAUUUAAGUGGAAACUUUUCUGGGCAAUAUUUGCGGGUAGACAAUUUAACAAACCUUCAGACUUUGAAGUACAUAGAAAGCGAGACUUUGUCAAGGACUAAUCUGGAGAAAUUGGUCAAUCUUCGAGAGCUGGGCAUAGUAUAUCACGAUGAAGAAAAGGUGUUCAAUUUCAAUUCUAUUGCACAACUUAAAAACCUUCGAAGUUUAUUGGUUCAUCUACUGGAUAAUCCCUUUGAUUCAUUGCAACCACUCUCACAUUGCCAAGAUCUCAUGUACUUGAGCUUAUGUGGACGCAUAGAGAAACUUCCCGGAAAAAUGCAUACAGUUUUGCCGAAUCUGGAAUACUUACGGUUAGAGUUCUCCUACCUUGUGGUGAUCCGAUGCCUAUAUUAGAAAAGUUGCCGAACCUGACUGUUUACAUCUGGCCUACAGUUCUUACUGUGGAAAGAAGCUGGUCUGCAGGAAAUAUGGCUUCGUCGCUUAAAAGUCUGUAUCUUAAUCUGAGGGAAUAGAGGAGUUGCAUGUAAGGAAGGAGAGCGAUGCCCUUGCUCAGCGGUUUAAGCAUUGUAAACACUGCAAAUGAGAUUCCAGAGAGAUUGUAUUCAGUCCCUUGCCUGGCUGAAUGGGAAUGCAGAAGAGAUUUCUAGAGGAAUGGCUAUAAUCAAAUAACUCAAGCUACCUACUCUGAUUCGGGAACUGAAUGGUGAGUUUAUGUUGUGCUUCAGAAUGAAAUUUGUAUUCCGACCUGUUAAUUUAUUAUUAGUGUUUGUAUUUCGAGAAUGAAAUUUAUUACUCUGAUUCUGGAACUGAAUGGUGAGUUUCAUGUUCCUUCAAUUUGUCUUUCGAGAAUGAAAUUUGUAUUCCGACCUGUUAAUUUAUUAUUAGUGUUUGUAUUUCGAGAAUGAAAUUUAUUACUCUGAUUCUGGAACUGAAUGGUGAGUUUCAUGUUCCUUCAAUUUGUCUUUCGAGAAUGAAAUUUGUAUUCCGACCUGUUAAUUUAUUAUUAGUGUUUGUAU